AUGUUAUAUUUAACCUUAUUUUCUAUUUGUUAUUUGUUUAUCAUUCAUAAAGGUUGAUUUAAAAGUCAAAUAUAAGAUGAACAUUAAGGUAGAAAACUCUCAAAAUAUUUGUAGAACAUGCUUGCAAGAUCAUACUCCUGGGAAGGCUGUAUAUGAUUUAGAAUUUUAUUCGCCAAUAAACAACAUCAGUGUAGUGGAUUUUAUCUACAACUUAACACAUAUAAAAUUUGAGAAAGGGGAUGGAUUUCCAGAACACCUAUGUACCAUUUGUAUUAAAAAAGUUAAUGAAGCCUAUGAGUUCUCAUUACUGUGCCAUAAUUCUCACAUAAAACUACAACAAAGUUUAAAAGAGUCCUCUGAGAACAAAGGGUUAUUAAGUGAACAAAUUGAAUCUUCUAAUGUUGUAUUUUCUGAAAAUGACAAUGAAAAUAGCUUAUUGGAACAUCCGACUGAAAUUAUUGACUUUAAAAGUAUUAAUUAUGACAACUAUGAAAUUAUUCAUGAAAACAGCACAGAUGAUGGAUGUACAAACAAUAAAAGCAAUUUUGAUAACAUAAAGCAUGAAAUUUUAGAAACAGAAGACUUGAAUAAAUAUGCUAAGCCAAAAAUCUACAAGUGUGAAUGGUGUGACAAAUCUUUUGUUAGAAAAGUGUAUUUAACAACUCAUUUAAAAUCUCAUUCAAAAUCUAAUGAAAAACAGUACAUUUGUGAAGAAUGUGGCAAAAGCUACUCUUACUUAUAUCUCCUGAGACAACACAGGUUCAAACACUCAGAAGUUAAACCGUUUCCUUGUUUAAAAUGUAAUAAAGGUUGCAUGACAAGGGAGAGUUUAAGACGGCAUAUGAAAAUUCAUGAUAUGAAUUAUAAAAGAAAAAAGUAUGUUUGUGAAAUUUGUAGAAAGGAUUUUCCAUAUCCAAGCUUUCUUGCAGAACACAUAAAAAAUCACACGGGUGAACGCCCUUUUCUUUGUUCAUUUUGCGGUAAAGGUUUUAGACAAACCGGCGCCCUUCGGUAUCACAUGAGAUCACAUACAGGAAAUAAACCUUAUGAAUGCAAAGUUUGUCACAACAGAUUUAUAUCGAAAGGCACUUUACGGGUACAUAUGAGGAGACAUACAAACGAACGACCUUAUGUAUGUGAUGUUUGUGGAAUGGCUUUUCGUCAAAGUACCGAUAUGAAAAGCCAUCGUCGAAUCCAUACAGGUGAAAAGCGAGUUCUGUGUACUGUUUGUGGUAAAAGAAUGUCCACUACAGGUCAACUAACAAUUCACUUACGAACUCAUACAGGGGAAAAACCUUAUUCCUGCAAUACUUGUCCAAAAGCAUUUGCAACAAAAACAAUGCUAGUAAAACAUGAACGCAUUCACACGGGGGAAAGACCAUAUGUAUGCAAUAUUUGUGGUCGAGCAUUUAAUCAAAGUAGUACUCUUAAAACACACAUCAACGUUCAUAAUGGACAAAAAUCAAAGACUGGUCAAAAACAGGUCCCUUUUAGAGGGUCUGCUUUAAACAAGGGUUCAACCAGUAAUAUUAACGACACACCAAGUAUUUUGCAAAUAACUGUUAACAAAAUUAAAUCUGAAGAAAAAAGUGAAAUAUUUACAUGAUUUUUUAAUACCUUAUUUAAUAUACAUAUGUA